UCGAAGAUGUGCUCGUGAGGAUUCAGAUGCUGAAGAUGACAUGCCACUUAUUUAGUAGAGAAUGAGCUCUAGGACUCAGCCUGUUCAGCCUGCCGUAGCACGUUUAUCUGCUGUGCUCACUGCUCCCACACGCAAUGGUGUUGAGACUGGGUCAACAUCAGCACCUGGCUUUGGUCCCAAGAUUGCAUUUCCAGAAGGUUUCAGCUUACAUGAAACCAGACUGCCACGCCGCCAUGCUUCAGCGGCCGAGGAUGAGGUCGGUCGUGUUGAGGAAUGCGCCACGAGGGUAGAGGUUGAGAGGAAUAUCGCUCUAAACGAUCUAAAUUCCUUGAGACAAUGGGUACUUGCAGCAAAUGAAAGUCUUGCUCGUGCUAAAGAAGGCUUGGAUAAGGAAAUCGAUGAACAAGGCAAGAGCCUCAUCCCGUCAGCCGACACUACUAUGCGGCUAAGAUGGGAAUUAAAUGAGGAUGGAACACUUGUAUGGCUUCCAUCUAUUCUUGAAGACGAGAAAGAAGCAAAGGACUUGCCGAGUUUUGACGCUUGGGUGGCUGGGGUACCUGAGCUACAAGUUGAACCUUCUAGCACUCCUCUUAACUCUCAGCCCGCCAUUACUCCAGCUUGUUAUUUGCCAGUUUGCAUUGACACAUCCGCCCUAGUGGAUUUAACGGAUGAUUAGCUUUAGAUUUAUCUUUUCUUUUGUAUUUUUUGCGUUGGUCAGUUGACCUUUUUCAGUGACUUUAUCAUUAUCCCUUGUAUUGUAAUAUACAAUUUUUUGGAAA